AAUAAGUUAAAGUCUAUAAAUAACGCACCGUUACCGAUGCCAAACUUCAUUCUAAGUACGCACUCUAAAAUUCCAUUUCCUUCCCAGCUUAAUUAAACUUAAGAGUUUGUACCGGAAAAGAUGGCACUUAAGGUCCACGGUAGUUUAGCCUCAUCGGCGACGUUGAGAGUUAUUGGUUGCCUCGAAGAGAAGGGGCUCAAAUACGAAUUUGUGCGGGUUAAUUUGCAGGCCGGAGAGCACAAAAAAGAACCUUUCCUCCGACUGAAUCCAUUUGGUCAAGUUCCCGCCUUCGAGGAUGGAGAUUUGACGCUCUUUGAGUCAAGAGCAAUCACCCAAUACAUUGCACACACAUAUGCCAAUCGUGGGAGCCAGCUUAUCCCCUCGGACAAUAAAACAAUGGACACAAUGUCAUUGUGGAUGGAAAUUGAGGCUAACCAUUUUGAUGAAGUGGGGUCUAAGCUGUACCAUGAACUUACAAUAAAGCCCAUGCGUGGCAUGGUGGCGGACAAGGCAGCGGUGGCACAACAUGAGGAGGCGCUUGUCAAGAUUCUUGACGUGUAUGAGGAACGACUUAAGGUGUCAAAAUUCUUAGCUGGGAAUUGUUUCACAUUGGUUGAUCUUCACCACACACCUCUCAUAUAUCACCUCAUGCAUACUAAAGUCAAAGUUCUUUUUGAAGCACGUUCAAAUGUUGCUGCUUGGGUUGAUUAUCUCUUCACUAGGCCUGCUUGGUUAAAGGUUCUGCAAUUGAUUAUCAAGCAUAACAACGCCGCUUUCGCUUCUUAAUAAUUGAUAUAAUAAUAGCUCCACUUAUAAUUAUUAUAUUUCGAGUUUGAUAUCUUCAUCGUUUGUCUUGUGCUUUGAUUGUUCCAUCUUUACCAUAAUUAUAUGCGUGCUAUGUUAUACUCUUGAGGGCGUGUAACUCUCUUAUGUGAGUGCUUGUACCGUGACAUUUUACUAUAUGCAAUAAUGUUGGGAUCCUUUCAUAGUUUCAUGAAAUUACAGUACUUUGAUCUCUGAA